AUUAGCAUGUUGCGUCAGGUGUUAGCUUUUUUUUUCAGAUUUAUUUGAGCGAUUCAGAUAGGCUCUAUAAUAAUUAUUAAAUAGAAACGACAAAUUAUUAGAGUUAAUGUAUAAUUAGUUGUCGAAAUAACAGUGUAAAGGUUUAUCGACUGUCUCGUGAGUUGUUAGUGUUAGCAAUGGGGCGCAAAAAGCAGUUUCAGAGCGAGAGACAAACCCACAGGGGAAAGGACACGAGACACAAGAUGAAAGGAAAAUCUUUGGAAACUUUUACAGAGGAAAUGCAGGAGGUUUUGGAAGCAAGUAGAAGUGCUGAGUCUGAAGAGGCGGCAGCGGAGUGUGUGAAGUUGCCGUGUCCUCUGGCCAUGUGGGAACUGGGCCACUGCGACCCGAAGCGCUGUACCGGACGCAAGUUGGCACGAAAGGGUCUGGUGCGCUGCCUCCGACUCAACCAGCGCUUUAACGGCCUCGUCCUCAGCCCCAUGGGCACCAAAUACGUUACACCUGCUGACAGGGACAUUGUGGUUGGGGGCGGUGUUGCGGUGAUCGACUGCUCGUGGGCGAGGCUCGAGGACACGCCCUUCAGUAAGAUGAUUGGCUCACACCCGAGGCUGCUGCCUUAUUUGGUGGCGGCAAAUCCCGUGAACUACGGCAAGCCAUGCAAGCUGAGCUGUGUCGAGGCUUACGCAGCCACCUUCUGCAUCGUAGGUUUUCGGGACCUGGCUGUGCUCCUGUUGAGGAAGUUCAAGUGGGGUCUGGGGUUCCUCGAGCUGAAUAAAACGCUUCUACAGAACUACGCUGCUUGCAAAUCAGAGGAGGAGCUGCUCAGGGUGGAGAAGGAGUACCUCACGUCAUCCCCCUCAGAGGAGGAAGAGUUGGAUCCUUUUGACGUCGAUUCAGGGAGAGAGUGUAUGAACCUCAACAGACCACUCCGAGCGGAAGAGGACGACGAUACUGAAAGCAGUGAGGCAGAGACGUCUGAAGAAGAAGAGGAGGAGGAGGAGGAGGAGAAGGAGGAGGAGGAAGAAGGGGAAGCUGCUGAGGAUGAGAUAAAAGAAAUAAAGAAUGUAAAAGAUGACAGAAGUGAAGACUUGUGAAGAAAUACGGACACGUAUUCAGUGUGUCCCCAAAAAACAUCGCUAGGGCACGGACAAAGCGGGUGGAAAAAGCAUGACGCUGACGCUGAAGUAGAUUGUGUUAUAAAUGUUGCUGCUGUUUUGCUUAAUUAAGUAAUACAGGGAGAUGUAAGUUAGCACAGAGACACAGAGUUGCUAAAUGAACGCGACAUAGCUACAGUUGUGCAUCUAGAAAAUAGUCAUUAAAGUGUGAUGGACCUCUACAGAUUUAAACAUGGAUAUUUUUGGGCCAUGUUUCUCUCUCACCCACACCAAUUCACUUAUGAUGUUUGGACAUUAAAUCAGUAAUAAUAAUAACGAUGAUCGUUAAUGUCUUUCGCUACACGAUCCUGAACCGGGUAACAAAUAUCCUGUAUUCUGACACCUUUCCCGCCACCACUGUACAGUACAAUUAAAGACGGGUGUGUUUAUAUGGUCUGUUGUACAAUCCCAGAAGAAUAAAGCGUUUAUUGGUGUUCCUCUUUUAUAAGAGCUUUUGAGAUCUGGAGUGCUGUACUAUAAUGUUGUUAAUAUUUAUUGCUUAUUAGUCUUUUUAAAAAAUAAAUAAAUGUGUAUCUGCUAAAAAUGUGUUUGUGG